AUGGCCUCCGAUGAGAUCGUCUGGCACAUCAUAAACCAACAAUUCUGCUCCUUCAAACUCAAACUCCCCGGCAAUGCCUCCACCGUCCAAACCUCGACCAAAUCCAACUUCUGCCGCAACGAACACAACGUCACCGGCCUUUGCAACCGUCAAUCCUGCCCCCUCGCUAACUCCCAAUACGCCACCGUGCGCUCCGACCCGGCCACGCAACGGCUGUACCUCUACAUCAAGACGGUCGAGCGCUGUCACUUACCGUCGCGAAUGUGGGAGAAGGUGAGGCUGAGUAGCAAUUACACUAAAGCGCUACAACAAGUGGAUGAAAGAUUAGUGUAUUGGCCAAGGUUCUUGAUGCAUAAGUGUAAACAGCGACUUACACGACUUACGCAAGUGAGAGUGCGAGCGCAGAGGUUGGCGAGGGAGGAGGAGAGGUUGGGGGAGAAGUUGGUGAGUCGGCUUGCGCCGAAGGUUAGACGGAGGGAGGAGGUGAGGGAGCGCAAGGCGGAGGCCGCGGCGAAGAUCGAGAGGGCGAUCGAGAGGGAGUUGGUUGAGCGGUUGAGGAGUGGCGCUUAUGGGGAUCGACCGCUGAAUGUGGAGGAGAGGGUUUGGGAGAGGGUUAUGGCGGAGAUGGAGAGGGGAGGGGAGGGGGAGAGGGAUGUGGAGGUCGAUGAUGGCGUGCUUGAGGAGGAGUAUGAGAAGGAGUACGAGACUGAGCGGGUGCCAGGGGAGGCAGAGGCGGAGGUGGAAUAUGUGAGUGAUAUUGAUGAGUCGGACGAUGAGGCGGGCGAUAUGGAGGAGUUUGAUGAUUGGUUGGGCGGGCGGAGUGGGGAUGAGGAGGAAGCUGGUGAUGAGGAUGACGACGGUAGUGAAGAAGAAGAAGAAGAAGAAGAAGAAGAAGAAGAUGCUGAGGAGGAUGCGGAGGGAGAAGAUGCAGCGCUGAAAAAGAAGCUGGACAGUCUCAAGCGGAAACGGCCGAGCGCUCCACCACCCAAGGCGCGGAAGAAGCCGUCCAAGGGUCCGAAGAUGGGUAUCGAGUACGAGUAUGUGCCGGACGUGCCAUUGCGGCAGAUGGAGCUGGCGCGAUAG